GAUGACACUUCCUGAUACACCUGCACAGGUCAACAACAACAUCUUCCAGGAAAAAAGAUUUCGCGGCAGUAUGAGAAAAGAAAGGUCUUGAUUGUGUCUCCCUUGAUCUUAACAACCACAAUGUCUGAAGGCAUGAAAACCCAGCUGGUGAGCGCCAUCCAUCUUCAGGAUGUGGAACUGCAGGAGAAACCAUCAGCCAGUAAUGAGCAAGACAAAAGUAACAAAAGCAUGGCCUCCAGUACAAUGCAGACCUAUACUGUGGAGGACGCUGUGGAGACCAUUGGAUUUGGACGUUUUCAUAUCCUUCUCUUUCUCAUUAUGGGCUCCUCAAAUAUUGUAGAAGCAAUGGAGAUUAUGUUGCUGGCUGUAGUGUCCCCAGAGAUAAGAUGUGAGUGGCACCUUGAGGACUGGCAGGUGGCUCUUGUUUCAACGCUUGUCUUUCUAGGAUUUAUGUUGUGCGGUGUCCUUGGAGGGUAUAUUGCUGACAGAUAUGGACGCUGGACAGUAGUGUUUGCAGGUUUUUUGUGGAGCUCAUAUUUCUCCCUGCUCACAUCCUUUGCACCAACUUACGGCUGGUUUAUCUUUCUUCGCAGUAUGGUGGGCUGUGGAGUCGCUGGAGUAUCUCAGGGGUUUGUGUUGAAGACAGAGUUCAUUCCUGCCAAGUAUCGAGCGUUUCUGCUGCCUCUGGCCACUAUCUUCUGGAUGCUAGGCGCCAUGCUGAUCAUCAUCCUGGGGAUGCUCGUGGUCCCCACACUGGGCUGGAGAUGGAUGAUUCGCAUAUCUGUUACACCAAGUGUCAUCCUCAUUUUCCUGUUUAAAUUUAUUCCAGAGUCUGCACGUUACCAUGUUUCUGCAGGUAACAUUCCAGCUGCUCUCAAGACAUUGCAAAGAAUCGCAAAGAUGAACAGAGCAUCGCUCCCACCAGGACAGUUAAUGGAACCUCCUUCACCAGAGAGAGGAAACUGGAGGUUUCUGCUCAGUCCAACUUUUAGGAGGACAACUUUACUGCUCUGGUACUCUUGGUUUGUGGCUUCCUUUGCAUAUUAUGGCUCAGUGUUGAGUAGUUCGGAGCUCUUGGAAAAGAACUUGUUGUGUGUAAUAAAUGCUGACCGUGAGCACCAGGUCAAACACCGCCAUGAGGACGGACUGUGUUACUGCAUCCCAUUUGGGUACAGCGACUACCAAACGUUGCUCAUCAGCUCUAUCGGAGAAGUUGCCCUUGUCCCGCUUAACAUUGGCCUUCUCAACUUAUUUGGAAGAAAGAUGACUUUGACAGUUUUGCAGCUGCUGGCAGCUGUGUUUUUUAUGUUGCUCAACAUUUGCUCCACCAUGUUUGGAUUCACAGUGCUGUUCUUUCUUCUCCGUUCCCUGGUGGCAAUGAACUUCAAUGUGGUUUAUAUUUAUACUGCAGAGGUGUAUCCCACAGUGGCUCGCUCUAUAGGCAUGGGUUUUUGUACAUCCUUCAGUCGCACUGGGGGCAUGAUUGCGCCAUUCUUAGCACAGGUGUUGAUGUCCCAGUCCGUGAUAAUGGCCCUCAGUCCAUUUGCUGUUGCCUGUUUCAUCUGCGGUUUAGGAAACUUUCUGCUGCCUAUUGAAACUAAAGGACGAGCUUUGCUGCAAAGCCAUUGAUGCCUAAAAGACAAGACUUUUAUAAAUAUUAAAUGUGUUUUAGAGUC